AUGGCCACCAAAAAGCCAAACAUCCUUUACAUCAUGGCUGACCAGAUGGCGGCCCCUCUGCUCUCCCUCCAUGAUAAGAACUCUCCCAUCAAGACCCCCAACCUCGACAAGUUGGCCGGUGAGGGUGUUGUUUUUGACUCUGCUUAUUGCAAUUCUCCUCUUUGCGCCCCCUCGCGCUUUGUCAUGGUCAGUGGCCAGCUACCAUCCAAGAUUGGGGCUUACGACAACGCGGCGGAUUUCCCUGCCGACAUUCCCACCUAUGCUCACUACCUCCGCCGCGAGGGUUACCAUACGGCUCUGGCUGGAAAAAUGCAUUUCUGUGGACCAGACCAACUUCACGGUUACGAACAACGUCUAACAAGUGACAUUUACCCCGGCGAUUACGGCUGGUCGGUGAACUGGGAUGAACCCGAGAUUCGCCUCGACUACUAUCACAACAUGUCCUCAGUCAUGGAUGCCGGUCCUGUCGUCCGAACCAACCAACUCGACUUCGACGAGGAGGUGAUUUACAAGUCGGAGCAAUAUUUGUACGACCACGUACGGACCCGCACUGAUCAGCCAUUCUGUCUGACCGUCUCCAUGACGCACCCUCACGACCCUUAUGCCAUGACCAAGGAGUACUGGGAUAUGUACGAAGAUGUCGACAUUCCGCUCCCCAAGAAUGGUACCAUCCCUCACGACCAGCUGGACCCGCACUCUCAGCGAAUUCUUAAGUGCAUCGAUCUGUUUGGCAAGGACUUGCCCGAGGACCGUAUCAAGGCAGCCCGCCGUGCAUACUACGCCGCCUGCACUUACGUUGAUACCAACAUUGGCAAGCUGCUCAAGGUGCUCAAGAACACUGGUCUAGAUGAGGAUACAAUAAUUGUUUUCACCGGUGAUCAUGGUGACAUGCUUGGCGAGCGCGGCCUGUGGUACAAGAUGGCCUGGUUUGAGAACUCCUCCCGAGUGCCCAUGCUCUUCCAUGCUCCCAAGAAGUUUGCCCCCAAGCGCGUCUCUGAGAAUGUCUCCACCAUGGAUCUGCUUCCCACAUUCGCUGGCCUCGUGGGGGCUCCUCUCGUCCCGGGCCUGCCCCUGGACGGUGUCUCCCUGGUACCAUAUCUAACCGGGGAGGAUGGCCUCCGAACCGACACUGUUUACGGAGAAUACAUGGGAGAGGGCACUCAGGCACCGCUCGUUAUGAUUCGCCGGGGCCGCUGGAAAUUCGUCUACUCACCAAUUGACCCGCCGAUGCUCUUCGAUGUGGCCACCGACCCGGAGGAGUUGACCAAUUUGGCAGCUGGUCUUCCCAUCGUAUCUGCCCCUGACCGUGAAGCCCGUGCGCCAGUGAAAUCUGGCAAUUCAUUGUCUCUGGCCAUGGCCAACCUGCCCACGCCUCGCGACUCACCUCAUGCAUCCCCCAUCCCGCAGCGUGCCACCGACAAGUCCUACCCGUUCCCAUCACUGACUCCCCCGCGCUCUCCUAGCCCUGGCGAGGCGGCGCUGCCCAACACGAUGGACCCAGUCAAGCUCCUGGCCUACUUCGUCGAGGAAGUCAACAACAAAUGGGACUUGGAGUCGAUCCGCCAAGAUGUUCUGCGCUCUCAGCGCCGCCGCCGUCUCGUCUACUCUGCUCUCAUCAAGGGCACCCCGACCUACUGGGACCAUGAGCACCGAGUUGAUCCCUCGACCCAAUACAUCCGAAACCAGGGCAAGGGUAUCCUCGACGAUGUUGAACUGAUCUCGCGCUGGCCACGCGUGCUCCAGCAAGCCGCCAACGCCAACGGUAUCUCCACCGCAUAA